AUGACACGUAUAACUCGUUCACAGUCAGACAUUUUUAAGUUCAUUAAUAAGUUCAUGGAAAAAUUGCCAUAUGAAGUGAUGUUUAUUAUUUUAGAACAAAUACCAAUGAGUCAUUUGGUUACUUUUCUUUCGUUCUAUCAUUUACCAAUAUUACGACAAUUUGUUAUUACCUUAUAUUUCAGGCAAAGAAUUAUUUUAAACUUGGACAGUUCUACUUAUCCAAAAGUUCCUAUACAAUAUGAAGUAGAAGAUCUUGAUCAAAAUGGUGAAAGUAAUUGUAUCCGAUAUCUGUAUGAUGGUAAUUCUCCUUUUAUUGGUAUUCAUGAUAAAUAUGAAUAUGACUAUGAAGAUGGCGAUGUAACUAAUACCAAAGUAUUUAACCUGACUCAUACCAAUAAAUACCAUCCGUACUUCUUAAGCAAAGAAUCUUUCAACCAACACAAAAAAAACACCUUAGGUAAACCUCAUAAAGUAUUGAAUAGUAUAUGUUUUAAAAAUAAACAAGUAAUUGAUAAAAUUUUAAGUUAUGAAGAUUUGAUAUUUAGGGAAAUUCAUAUCAUUUCGACAGCUUCUACAUAUUUUGGAUUGCUUAAGCGGGAUAGUUCGAAGAGUAUUAUUAAUAAUAGUGAAAUGGUACUUUUAACUUUGACAAAUGGAGAAGGACUUUAUUGUCGAGAAACUGAUGUGAAAUUGAAUAAGAAUGAAAAUAAUUUCAAUGUCAAACUUCAAUAUCAUCUGGUUUGUGCAAUAGGGAAAACAAACUUGGUAGAGUUGAACAUUAAUUGUGAAAUUCCAAAAACGAUUUGGAAUCACAUGGAACAUGAUCAUAUUUUAGGAAAAGAAUCAUCAUUAAGACUUGGAAACAAUUUAAAAAGGUUAUCAAUUACACAUAUGUCUUAUUUCCCAGUCCAUAUUAUAGAAUUUCCUAAAGGAUUACAACAGUUGACAGUUAAAAAGGUCCAGUUUGACCCUUACUCAUUAAUUCGAUGUUCACUUCCAAGUUCAAUAAUAUAUUUGAAUUUGACUGAUUGUCUUUUAAACAGCUAUUAUUGUAUCUUUGUUCUUAUUCUGAACAAAUUACCUAACUUGAAACACUUUAUUCUUUCUGAUAAGUUUUAUAAAACUAAAAGAAGUGAAAAGAUAUUUAAAGAAGUUUUGGGUAUGCUUAACCUCGUCAAUCAAUUUAGUUGGCCAAAGGGUUUAGAAACCAUUGAACUUGACUCGGUUCUUGAGAACGAACAUAUGAAUAUUUUAGAAAAUACCAAAUGGCCACAGAAUCUUAAAAAACUAACAAUUGCCAUUUCAUCGGCUUAUGAGUAUAUUUCAAAUCAAAUUAAUGAUUUGCCAGAAUCUUUAAUAGAGUUAAAGAUUGUGAAACCAUUGCAAGGAAAAACUGAACGUGCAAUAGCACCAACAUACUUUCCACAAAAUUUACAAAGGUUGGUUUUAUAUGGACUUCUGUUCAACUAUACCUUAACAAGUCUUCCUGAUACUCUAAUUGAUUUAAACAUUAAACAAUGUACUCGAAUUCAAUUCCCCGUACUCAGGUUUCCUUCAAAAUUGAAAUAUUUAAGUAUCGAAAACUGUCAAUUGACAAAUUUGAAUGAAUAUCAAUAUUGGGAAGAUUUACAGGAAUUGAAAUAUUUAUCAUUACAUUCUAAUGGGAUUUAUAGUUUAACCUAUUGGAUUCCCCCUCCCAACUUGACAUAUUUAAUUUUGACUUACAAUAGGAUUCGCUAUAUAACAAGUGAGUGUUUGAUUUUCAGUGAGCAUUCUACAACACUCUUGCCUCAUUUAGUUGGAUUAUAUUUGUUGGGUAAUGGUUUCCGCUCAUAUCCAACAGAUAUAAUAUUGCCUGGAAAUGUUGACCCAAAUACCAUACUUGCUUCUCUUCCCUAUCGUAAUGAUGACAAGUAA